UUCCAUUUGAUUUUGAUCUUGAUUGAUAGUGUUUGUCAGAUAGAACAAACCAUUCAAGAUGGUGGGCAACUCCAAAAAGCAAUAAUGGAGUUAAAUAUACCUAACAACAACAAAUACAAAACAAAAUUUGGGGUAUAUAUGCAAUAAUCUCUUCCAUUAAUUUCACACCCACCAGCGCCAAUGGCCACUUCUCCGGAGACCCAAACUCCACUGCUGGACGACGUCGUGGAGGGGGCCGUUGACUGCAACGGCCAUCCGGUCCGCAGAUCCAGCUCCGGCGGUUGGCGUUCCGCAUCGUUCAUAAUAUGGGUGGAGGUUGCGGAGAGGGUUUCCUACUAUGGAAUCAGCUCCAACCUCAUAUCGUUUCUGACCGGGCCUAUGGGACAGUCCACGGCCACGGCGGCCAAGAACGUCAACAUAUGGUCCGGAACGGCGUCGUUGCUUCCUCUAUUGGGAGCUUUCGUCGCUGAUUCUUUCCUGGGUCGCUACCGCACCAUUAUCGCCGCUUCUCUCCUCUACAUCAUGGGUCUUGGGUUGCUCACUGUGUCAGCCGUGCUUCCUUCUUCUCAGCUUCAAGUAUUAUUAUUCUUUUUUUCUCUAUAUUUAGUAGCAGUUGGGCAAGGUGGACACAAGCCUUGUGUUCAGGCUUUCGGAGCAGAUCAGUUUGAUAGACAAGAUCCAGAGGAGUGCAAAGCAAAAAGCUCAUUCUUCAAUUGGUGGUAUUUUGGUAUAUGUGCAGGCCCUUUAUCGACACUUACAGUAUUAGACUACAUACAGGACAAUCUUAGUUGGGGUCUGGGUUUUGGUCUUCCUUGCAUUGUGAUGGCCUUUGCACUGCUUAUUUUCCUUCUUGGAACAAGAACAUACCGGUAUAGUAUCAAAGGGGAUGAGGAAAGCCCAUUUGUGAGAAUUGGCAAGGUGUUUGCUGCUGCAUUAAGGAAUUGGCGAACUACUGCUUUAGCAAUAGCUUCGGAAGAGGAAUCUCGUGGAACCUUGCCUCACAAAAGUUCUCAACAAUUCAAAUUCCUUAACAAAGCCUUGGUUGCACCGGAUGAUUUGAAGGAAAAUUCGAAGGUCUGUACCAUUACUGAGGUUGAUGAAGCAAAAGCCGUUCUUAGGUUGUUUCCGAUAUGGGUUACAUGCUUGGUAUAUGCUAUUGUGUUUGCACAGUUCUCAACUUUCUUCACUAAGCAAGGUGCUACCAUGGACCGAACAUUUGUGCCAGGUUUUGACAUACCAGCUGCUGCACUUCAGUCGUUUAUAAGCCUUGUCAUUAUUAUAUUCAUUCCCAUUUAUGAUCGUAUAUUUGUCCCAAUAGCAAGAUCAUUCACCAGGGAACCCUCUGGCAUUACAAUGCUACAAAGAAUAGGAACUGGGAUGGUUAUAUCUACUAUUUCCAUGGUAGUUGCAGCUUUAGUUGAGAUACAGAGGCUCCAAACUGCCAAAGAUUAUGAUCUGGUUGAUAUGCCAAGUGCCACUGUUCCAAUGAGUGUUUGGUGGUUAGUUCCUCAAUAUUUGUUAACCGGACUGGCAGAUGUUUUCACCAUGGUUGGUCUGCAAGAGUUCUUCUACGAUCAGGUGCUCUAGUUUUCUUACAUACCGAGUGAACCUCUCUGAUCAUGCCCUCGUGAAUUCUUCUUCGUGAGAACCUUCUGAACUGUUUCAAGAUAAAGAUACGUUUCUUUGGCUGCAUAUCUUCAUUUCUAGCAUCAUCUUCUUCAUCCUCUGAUUGAUGCUUUUGAGUGCAAUACUUUCAGACUUUUUCUGUUCUAGGAGCUCCAUUGCCGCAGUGGUGAAAGACCAGAUCAACUCUUGGAGCUUAUACAAAUUCAAGUCCUUGGAAUCUUUAAUGGAAGUUUUCUUGGAACGGUACUUCGAUUCAUAGGAAAACAGACCUUAGAAUCUUCUUAGGAAUACUGUUGUUAAGCAUAGAAUCUCCCUAAACUCUGACAACCAAGCAUAGGGAGGGUCAAAUAGCCAUACCCUAGAAACCUGGACCAAUUUUAAGUUCUUAUGAGAAUGUGUGUUGGAUAAGAGUACAAUGUUUAACAGUCUGAAUUUGAUUGUUCACUAAGAACCUAAAGUGAAGCGCAAUUGAAGCAACAAGUCAACAACACUGCAGAUACUUUAAUAACAUGAGGAGUUCGUUGACGCAGUAUGAAAACAGUUGAGAAAUCAAGCACCAUAGGCAGCUAUAAAGUCUAAUUACAAGACUCACUGUAAAAAAAAGCAACUUGAUCUCAUCAUUUCUACUGAUUGCUCCUCCGAAUCUGCUUUUGUUUGUCUUCUGUAGUUGGCACUGGGCGCUAAUCAUAUCAAUGAUCUUGAGGCAAGAACUAUGCACACCACUUCCUCUCAACCGAUUUUGUC